AUGUGGUGUCGUAGGUUAACAUUUUGUGACAUUAACAGGAUCCUGUUCAGCAGUAGCGGUGUUCUGCGUAAGAUAUUUCGCACGAGAGUUAGCAUGGUUACAGGGGGAGACGUUGUCGAGAGGCUCGAAAAGCGUGCGGUUGAAGCAGAGGAGACGAUUUCUUUGUUGAAGUCUCAGUUGCUCUUUCUCCAAAAAGCCGCAGGUUUGUGAAGAAAACAACAACAGGGAUGUAGUCAAAAUUUUGAAUAGUUCGAGUUGAUUAAAGAAUAUGGUAAGAUUUUCUUAUAACCCCAUACAUUUAUUACCUAUGCAGCAAUUUCACACAAAAAUUAAUACUUGAUAUGAAUAGAGUGGAAACAUGUCUGCAUAAUAAAUUAUGUAUGGGGCUGUAUGGAAAUUUUACCGGAGGGGAGGGCUCUCUGAAAUUUUUAGAUCAUAUGCAGAGGUACAAUCUGGUGUACCAUAAACGAUCAAAUUAGCGCCCCUCCCCCCCCUCCAAAUAAGUAUCCCUUCCCUUGCCUCACCUUAACAUUAGCCCCCCUCUUGACUCAAAAGUGAAAUAUUAAACUUGGCAGGCGUUAUCUAGACAAGAUGACGAAAAUUUUCAGCGCAGUGCGCCACAGUCUGCCUUGUAAUUUGGAAGUGACAAGGUAUUGCGUUCACACCAGGUAUUUUUGGUUUCCACUAACACUGUCCAAUAUUUUUUGCACACUUUGCUGUAAAUCUUUCUUUUAUGGUUUUGUUUACGUGUGUCUUUUCAUUUUGAAUAUUAUUUAUUCCUGUUAAAUUUAAAGGCAAUUUUAUCCAAAAUGGUUAUUUUGACCGCACCCUAAAUUAUAAAUUCCACAAAUUCCUUAAUAGUUAUCCAAAAGAAGAUGCAAUAUUUCAAAACCCUAGACAUGUGUGAUUUACAUCCAAAAAUUUUAUUUACUGUUAUUAAAUAUUUCCAGUGUUUUCACACGACUAAAAUUUACAAAAAAAUGCCCAAAUUAGCCUCUGGUACCACCUUAAUACUUGGUUUAUAUUUCACUUUUCUUUGAUUUUAGGGUCGGAUUAUUCUAUGAUAAUGAGUUUAAAACAAAGGAAAGUAAAUUUUAAAACAAGGAUAAAAUUGAACUGGAAGAAAUAUAAACAAUAAGUUAAAAAAGCAAAAUUUAUGUAAGACAGCUGUCAGGGAACUUUUGAAGAACACAAUGACACAGCUUUAAGUGUUGUUCAUAAAUUCUACAAAACUGUCUUUCAAAAUGACAGUUCAUGAACAUUGUAGCUUUAGCCAAGUUAUUUAAGACUGUAUUAUUUACUAAAAAGCUCUAUUUUCCUUUAUUAUUUAGAAAGAAAAUCAAAGCCAACUGGCAUUAAGGUUUGUUUACUUUUAACUUUCUGUGGUAAUUAAAUAACUUGUCAGUAUAUUAAUAAUUUUAAAUGGGAAUUUAUUCUGAAAAUCAGCUUGUCCUGAGGGCUAGAUGUUCCUCUAGCACUGCUGGGCUAGAGCUCUGAGGAUUUCACCUACCCUGUAGUCAAGGUUGUCAGAGAGUUUUAAAGUAAGCGGCCAGUCCAGGGCUCAAAGUUUAAAUUUGAGUUUGGGAGCACUUGUGCUACCAGAUGUAAAUUUUUAGGCGCACUGCCGAAAUUUUAGGUGCACAGCUGAAAAUUUUAGGAGCACAGCUUAUAAUGUUGGGAUCAUCUAUUUCAAAAGAAAAAGUAAAAAGCUUAACAGUGCCACGUUUAUUUCAUCUUCUGUUUAUUACUUUUACUUUAGUCCUGUGAUUGAUAAAACACAGCCGAUUUGCUACGCAGUAAUACUGUUGUGAUUUUUAAUACUAAUUUCUCUUUUUAACAGUACAAUUGUGACUAAAGAAAACUUACACUUGAAAAACAAUUCAAAACUGACAACAAUGAGUGUGUCGAACAAGAAUGAAAAUUAAUCUUUAAUGAAUUUGUUAAAUGCGCAAUGACUUACAUGUAGCUGGGAUAUCUGAAUUUUUUGAAAGAAUGGACCUUUUUUUCCGAGAAUUAGGCGUGACAAAAACAAAACUAACUGCAAUUUUGACUUGCAAGCUGUACUAGCAGGUAACCGCAAAAAGUAUGUGUUUCGUUCGUAGCAUAUAUUUGCAUGUGUCAGCGGCGUUUAUUACAAAACAGAAGAGUCUUGGUUGGAGUAAAACGUCGAAACGAAAAAGAACAUUAGAGUUUGUAGAAUCCAUUGGGAGAAAAGACCAAUUAAACAUACACCGUCUUUCUAGUUUGAGUUCGUAAGUAUAGUCGAAAGUAAGUCAGUCGCACUGUGCUUUGGGUUUUAUGGCGCACAGGUGCGAUUACACAUGAAUUUUUAGGCGCACAACCAAAAAUCUAGUAGCAUAUGCGCAUAGUCAGUCGCUAACUUUAAGCCCUGCAGUCCAGGGAUAUUUUAUUUUAAACAAUGCCAUCCCUAAAGAAAUGCCAAGCAGAGUAGCCGACCGAUUCUAAACAACUAGACGGCGAUUUUUGCCGGCAGCCAGCCACUUUUGACAACCCUAUGUAGCUCGUAAUAAAUUUCUCCAUAACCCAUUAACCACUUUUCACUAGCUUAAAUGUUCCCAUUCAGCAAAUUAUAGCUUUCUAAGUUUGGAUAUACCCUAAAGGCAUUUUUGAUGGGUUAAAAUAAAAGCUUAAGUGUUUGUCUUUUUAUUGUUUUGUUUUCUCCUAGGACCGCAUUUCAGCUCUUAAACAAGAGAAUGAGCGUCUGAAGCAAGAAGCUGACAAACUGAAAGCAGAGCUGGAGUACUGGGAAGUUAGGAAUGGAUGUAAGUCAUCAUGAGUAUCAAACAUGGGAAACAAAAAUCUGUGAAAGAUUACUCCAGAGGAUAUCCUUUACAAAUUUGGAAAUAUUUUUAUUACAACCUGCAUUUUGAUUAAGUCUACAUACAGAUAUUAAUUAUUAUUAAUUGUUAAUAAUUACAAUAAUGAAGGGCUACCUUGAGUAAAGCCCACCUAGCCUGAGAAAACGGACAACAUUUUGUGACGCCACCAACGGUUUCCCCACGAAUUGACAUCUGAGAAGCGAGCACAGAAAUUUGAUACUGAUGACACGUCACUACCCAGAUCUGGGUAGUGACGCGUCAUCAGUAUAGAAUUUCUACGCUCCUUUCUCAGACAUCAAUUCGCAGGGAAACCAUUGGUGGCAUCGCAAAAUGUCGUCUGUUUUCUAAGGCAAAGCCCUUUAAGUGACCUUUGAUUAAUUUCUAAAUUCUCCUUCAGUUUUUCUUAUAUUGUGCUCUUGAUACAAAGAGAAAAUGUGACAUUAGAUCAGCUGUCACCUAGGGCUUUUUUCCACUUCAUUAUAUUGACUGUGAGAGUGAAAAGUGUUUACACUGUAUCUGUGGGGACAUUACAGAGAGAUUAAGAUUCACGUUUACACCAAAUGGCAAAUGUGAAUUUGUACCAUGUGACCAAGUUUUCCCCUUAUUUUUUGUUUACUUUUUAUUGCUUCUACACAAAAAUAAGUAGUUUUAUGCCAGUUUUUUCCAUAAGAAGAAUUUUGGACUGUUUUUAUCUGCUCAUUUUCUAUUCUGAGAAAUUCUCAACUUGAAUCUGAUGUUUGCCAUUUACCGUUUAAUUUAAAUCUUAAUCUCUCUAGUGAAACAGGUUGCACUUCCAAAUGCCAAGCAAGCAGCAUCUUGUGAGGUUCAAAUGAUGGAGCAAAUGGCAGCUGCUGAACCAGCAGAAGUUAAACCCACAGAAAAACCAGAAGAGAAACCACCAGCGAAGAAACCCAAAAAGGAAAAAGCAGAGAAAAAAGGAAAGGACAAGAAUGCUGGUAAAGAAGGUAAGAAUAAAUAUCUGUGGUAGGAGUUGAUUUUUAAUUAAGGGCUUGGGUCAUGGUUAUCGGGGGAGGGAGGUGGCAUAAAGAGCAUUUUAUGCGUUAAUUUCAAGUUUGUGAUUGAAUUUUGGCCACCGCAGCAUUCGCUGCUUUUGAGAGAUACUGCUGAAAAUUUACAAGUUACCUAUUUUUAUAUGGUCUUUCAUCUACUACUAAACUGAUUUUUCUGCUACCACAACAUUCUCGCUAAAAUUUGUAGAAGGAUGAUGAUGACUAUCACGUUUUCCCACCAAAAUGACACUGGUUCAGGCGCGAGCACUGCUUAGUAUUGAGAAAAUCUCUUACUCAUAGUCGUACUCGUUUUAGAAUCUAAAUUCUAUUUAUUCAGCUAUAAUAUAGUCAAACGUCAUUAAUACUGACUCUAAAAGAGCCAUAGAAAGUGUCCAUAUUAAGCAGGCUGAAUCUGGAGAAAAUGAAGGACUCUCUUUCCUCCAGGACAAAGCAAACUGUCCAGAAUAGUGAGGUGUCUAUAUUAAGUGGGUGUCUGUAAAGUGGGGUUCAACAGCAAUAGCAUUUUUAAGUGUAUGAAAAUUCCAUUUUAUUCAGAACAGCCUGGCAGUACAGAGCCUGAUGUUCAUCACAUUGACUUCCGUGUGGGUAAAAUUUUGUCAGCCAAGAGACACCCAGAUGCUGAUACACUUUUUGUGGAGGAAAGUAAGCAACAAUUAUUUAUUGUUGUCAGCAAAUCACUUUCUGUAAGAUAUUUUUAAAAAAUGUGUGCUGUGGCAUUACUUAAAAGAAUAUUGGUGUUUCUGCUUAAAUGAACAGACCCUCCCAAACACAUUUUCCUUCCAUUUUGACUACCGCUGUGAUACAGUGUCCUUGUCUUGGAGUUGUUUGUAAGCUCAUGUGUACUGAAUUAAGAGCCUGAUUAUAAGUGUCAUAUGUCCAGAAUUUCCAUUUUCCUUGUUCUGAUUUCAGACCUGAGUACUAGCUUAAAGUUUUUUUUUCUUUUGUCCCUAAUUGUAACUUAUGUUAUUUUUAUUACUAUUUUUCUCUACAGUUGAUGUUGGAGAGGAAACACCCAGAACAGUUUGCAGUGGGCUUGUUGGAUCAGUUCAACUGGAAGAGCUUCAGGUGCAAGCCGUACAGCCAUUUCUCUAUUAGUGUGUAAUCAAACUCUCAAUAGAAGGCAUGAGCAAGCUGUGUUUUGCACAAGGGGCAGAGGAUAUUUUUAAUGAUCAUGCAUUGUACUCACCAUUUGUCUUCUCAUUGGCUAAGAGCCUACAGUUGAUUUUGAAAAUCAGCUCAACCUACAGAUUAGUUAAUUAUCUGCUAGCAGAUUACUGACUAAUCUGUAGGUUGAGCGCUGCAUGCAUGAUUUCCAAAAGCAAUGUCAAAUCGGCUCCUUGCCGCGGUGUUUGUCAUUAUUUUCUUAAAAACAAUGUCUAAUAUUUUUUAAACAAUUAUUAUUAGAUUUGUUUUUUGUGAUAUCCAGAAGAAUCAAGAUCUUGGUAAGUGUUAUCAGCCUCAUCCUUUGGCUCAGAUGAAAACAGUUACCUUAACCUCAACUAUUCUGAAUAUCACAAAAACCUCAUCCAAUGAAAUAAUUAUUACUGUAUAUAAUACUGUCCCUGCUCCUCACUUUUGCAUGCCACUCAUGCUUGACUUCUUGAGACAAAUGCUGUAAUCAUUUGCUCAGUGACCUCGGAGGUUUGUGUCAUUUUUACUAACUUCAAUUUCUUUGUCUCCAAACUUAGGAUCGUAUGGUGAUAGUCAUGUGUAACCUCAAGCCAGUCAAGUAAGUGUGGUCUUUUUAGAAAUGAAGCCCAGAUCAAAUGUUGAACUGUUCAUGUACCAAUCCUAAUCCUUUCAAUAAAGUACAUGAAAAGAUCGGCCUUUGAAUCAUUUAAGUCCAGCAUAUCUAAUUUGGAUCCACCCAUGAAUUAAGUUUGAGUGACUCACAUGGGAAUUUUGACUUAGGAGUGACUUUGUUUCAAUCGUCAAACGUUAAUUUUCAUGUGCCAAACCUUGUGCAUAAAUUACUGUAAUUUAUUUUCAUUGGUAAGUAUUGUAGACCAUUCUGUAUCGUGAAAAUGAAUUGAUUCUGACCAAUCUGACCAGAUCAAAAUUAUAAAAAUUAGGUUAAAAUAAGUUUUUUAUCACAUGCUGCAGGAUGCUUUGGUGUCAGCUGUAGGCAGACAGAUCUUUGGCCAAAGACCAGAACUGAAAACAGUGCAUGAAAAGUCUCUGGCACCAAAGCUGGUUUGAUGCUCUUAAAAAUAGCAGUUAAAAUUAUCCGAGAAAAUGAUUUUAAACAAAAGAAACCUUGGUUAAAUUUAAUUCUGGGUUAAGUGCUAAAUCGGCCUUCGAACAGCUGGGCCCAGGUUGCUACUAUCCAUGCACGGCACAUAGCAAGUGUUUGUGUGUACUUCCACUAAGAAUGAAUGGACUGCAUCAGCGGAACGCUUUCUGAUCACAGGUACCCCAAGCUCAUGAGUGAGAAAUGUUGUUGGCAUUUUUGGCCGUUUCAGGGCGAUUCCAGCGAGUUUUAAUUUAAUCCUGGGUUAAGUGCUAAAUCGGCCUUCGAACAACUGGGCCCAGGUUGCUACUAUCCAUGCACGGCACAUAGCAAGCGUUUGUGUGUACUUCCACUAAGAAUGAAUGGAAUGCGUCAGCGGAAUGCUUUCUGAUCACAGGUACCCCAAGCUCAUGAGUGAGAAAUGUUGUUGCGUAGCAGAAAAUAUCAUUAGGGUUUGUAUGGGGAUUUAAGCAAUCGUUAUUAAUGGGGUCAAAAAUAGUAAUAAAAAUACUUCAGAAGUUCUUACCUUGUGUUCUUGUCUAAAUAUUUGGCGUUUUCUUGGCAUUUUUGGCCGUUUCAGGGCUAUUCCAGCGAGUUUUAAUUCUGCUGUAAUGGACUGAUUUUACGUAGCCGUUUAUUUUUCUCUCUCCCUUUUUUUUUUCUCUUAGAAUGCGAGGCAUUAUGUCACAAGCUAUGGUGAUGUGUUCAGCUAAUGAGGACAGGUCGAAAUUUGAAGUUCUUGAUCCUCCAGCAGGUUGUGUACCUGGAGACAGGGUUACAUUUGAAGGAUUUCCAGGAGAACCUGACAAACAACUAAACCCCAAGAAAAAGGUGAAUACAGUCGACUCUCUCUUAACGGACACCUCUAUAAGAUGGACACCUCUGUAAAACGGACACCUAGAGUUGGUCCCUGCCUUUCUUUACUCCUUUUAUUUGACUCUCUAUAAGAUGGACACCUCUCUAAGACGGACACUUAGUGCCCUGUGCCAAAGGUGUCCGUCUAAGAGAGUCUUGACUGUACCACUACAGGCAACUCAAGCCUAGUAGACACCUCGCUAUAACGGACACCCCGAUAAUACAGACAGCAGCUAAAUGCCAGGCAAAAAUAAUUUAUUACAGAUGUUUGACUGAAAUUUACUCCCGCUAUGGUCUAUUUUUAUAGCGGACACUGUGGGGACCUCGAGUUAGUGUCCUCAUUAGCGAGUGUCCGUAAUAGUGGGAGUUGAUUUCAGUCAAACGUCAGUAAUGUAUUUUUACUUGGGAUUUAGCUGCUGUCUGUAUUAUCGUAGCCUCCCACGCAGGCGUUUUUAGGGGAGCUCGUCUUUCAUCCCUCCUUGUGGGAAGGGAUGAAAAACGAGUUCCUCUUAAGACGCCUGCGUCAACCUCGUACCCGGCCCAUUUUUUAAGAAAAAAGCCAUGGGGACGAGGUUAGCAUCGCGUUCGCGCCCAUGCAUCACUAUGCAAGGUGAAAUUUAAGCCAAUUUAGAGCACAUCUGGGAUCAAAAGAAGGAAAAUUUACCUUCCUUUUGCAUUGCUUCAGUACUUUGCUUAUCGUCGGUAAUCUUGUUCCCUGAUAUUAAAAACACGUUAAAAAUCGGAAGUCAGGUUUCUCUUGAUGCGCACUACUUGCUAGACUAUUCACAGUCUCCUAUUUUUCCGUAAGAUCGUUGAGAACGAGCGCUACAAUCGGCCAUCUUGACCAAGGUUAGCUCAAAGACCACUAAAGGGGCGGAAAACUAUUUGGGAGAGGCAAGAAAAAUAUCCCCCACCACCAUAAACCCCGACCCCCGCCCCCUCGGAAUAAAACCAAUUACAAAAUGGCUGCCAGUGACGGUUGAGUGCACGAUCUCGACAAUCUUACGGAAAAAAGGGGACUGUGAACAGUCUAACUGGUUUCCAGUUAUGCUUGAAAGCAUCGUCCUGCAAUCUAACGGAAGUGCAAAUUGGUUUCAUUACUAAAUGUAUCUGAUUUACAGCUUUAGAGGACUUUUCAAUGACGUGACAAUGUACAAUGAACAUUUUUUAUUCUUGUAGAUCUGGGAGCAAGUAAAACCUCACCUACGAACAAGCGCUGCUGGAGUCGCGUGCUACAAGGAUGUGCCGUUUACUGUAGCCGGAAAAGGAGUGUGUACAUCGCGCUCCUUAAAAAAUGCAACAGUUUGUUGAAUUGUGUCAAGUGAAUUUAAAAAUGGUAGGAAUAACUGAAAUAAGUUGCUUCAUCCUAUAAAUUCGGAAAUAAAAUUCCGGUUUCCAAGGCGUUAUCGCUAUUUCACUACAUCAUGUGUUAAGUUUUUGUUUGGUUUUGGGGUGAUUUAAACCGUGAAUUGUUGUAAGCCCAGUCGUUGGUAGAAUGAACCCUGGCAAAGCGCUAGCGAGCACUCGAACAACUAGGACAGUAGGCGUAGGCUUUUCAAUGAAAGUUUCAGUAGAUCACGAACUAACAAUUAACUCCAAUAAAAGCAUAAUUAGAAUAAAAAUUAAUACUUCCAGUAUCGCAGGCAAGCAAAUUUAUAUAUGCGUCUGUUUAUGCAACUUUAUGAAGUGGGUAUUUUAUUACUUCUUGUGGCUCAUUUCCGUUUUGAAAAUGCCUAGGGGAUAUGAAGUCGGUCUAGACUUCAAAACUUUAAACUUUUUUAUUUGAUAUCCGUAUCCUACUAAAAUUUUCUAUCCAACAAGCUUUGCUACAAUUUCACUCAGAACAAUCCGAUAUUUUUUAGCAUAGCCAAAGAAAUUGAACCGUGGAGCGUUUGGCUUCGCUUUAACAAACGCAUCAAACAAUCUCGGGACACAUGUUCAUGGAAUUACUUCCUUCUGUUCCUUUUCUUGUAAUUUGAACUUGCCAUUCCAACGAAACGCAGACGAAAUAAGAAAAAGUGUCCCUCGGUUUCCUCUUCCCGCUAUUCGUGGCACUGAGCCAUCAUUCACACGGCAACGGACGAAUUAUCUGACCGGCUGAAAAAAAUUUGAUCGGACACUUCGUUCACCUGGAACCGUUCAAUAUUUUCGCUCUGUUCACACCAAACUGACGAACGAGGUUGAAUUUCAACUUUUUUCAGUGUGUGGUUUUACUGUCUGCCGAUGCGCAGAGCGUUACUUUAGCAGAUCCAAAAUGGCGCAAUCUCGACCCCAGUGCUUCCACCCGCUCACACGCGAGAUACGCCGCACGUUCACCCGCUGUCGUGCGAACUUGGAUGGACCAAUCAGAAACACUUUUAUCGUCUUUUGCUGAAACCCCUCCAGAGACAAUCUUGCUCCAGGGUUUCC